AUACAGGAAUGCCCACAUGCAGGAACACCCCGAAUUGAAGGCUGCAGUUGCACACUAAUUGUACUGGCUCGGUGAGAGGUUUGCGCUGCUCGAAUAUAAAAUGAAGUAUAUAUUUUUUUUAGAUUUAGAUUUCGCGCACAAGAGUAAUACAUGUGCCAGUAAUGUUAAAUUAGUUUGAGUAUAAGUACCCGGGACCAUUUCACUUUCACGCAAGCCUACAUCUGAAAGAGACAUGAUGAGAGGAAUUUCAUGAAAUUAGAAGAUCUGCUUGAACAAUGGCUGCUGCUGCUUUGUCAGCUAGGAGGAAGACCAGCUAGCCUUUUGCAGUGAGCCUUUCAAAUGAUCCGACGGGAAGGGAAGAGACCAAAGAAAGGAGGAGAGAGGGGGAGCUCUGAAAGAGAGCGGGAGAGGAGUGGAUCGCGGAGUGGACUGACCAUGCGUCCAAGGCCUAUAGGCAGAAACCCUCAUGAACUGUACUAUCUGAGAAUGCAGAGGAUGAGAGAGAAGACUGACAAGAUGGAGGAGAGCAAAGCCAUGAGGAAGCUGCGGGUGUGCGUGGCGACGUGUAACCGGGCAGACUACUCCAAGCUGGCACCCAUCAUGUUUGGCAUCAAGGCCAACCCGGAUGAGUUUGAGCUAGAGGUGGUGGUGCUGGGAUCCCAUCUCAUUGAUGAUUAUGGCAACACGUUCCGGAUGAUCGAGCAGGAUGACUUUGACAUCGGCUCCAAGCUGCACACCAUCGUGCGCGGGGAGGACGAGGCAGCCAUGGUGGAGUCGGUGGGUCUGGCGCUGGUCAAGCUGCCAGAUGUCCUCCACCGUCUCCGUCCCGACGUUCUGGUCGUCCACGGCGACCGCUUCGACGCCCUCGCACUGGCAACGGCUGCUGCUCUGAUGAACAUUCGCAUCCUGCACCUGGAGGGAGGAGAGGUGAGCGGCACCAUCGACGACUCGAUCCGUCACGCCAUCUCCAAGCUGGCCCACUACCACGCCUGCUGCACCCGCACCGCCGAACAGCACCUCAUCGCCAUGUGUGAGGACCACACUCGCAUCCUGUUGGCGGGCUGCCCCUCCUACGACAAGCUGCUGGCCGCCCAUCACCGCGACGACUACAUGGACAUCAUCAGGAACUGGCUCGGAGACAAUGUGAAGGAGGACAACUACAUCGUGGCCCUGCAGCACCCGGUCACCACCGACAUCAAGAACUCCAUCAAGAUCUACGAGCUGAUGUUGGACGCCCUCAUCUCCUUCAACAAGCGAACGCUCGUCCUCUUCCCCAACAUAGACGCAGGAAGUAAGGAGAUGGUGCGCGUGAUGAGGAAGAAGGGCGUGGAGCAGCACCCUAACUUCCGGGCGGUGAAGCACGUGCCCUUCGAGCAGUUCAUCCAGCUGGUGUGUCACGCUGGGGCCAUGAUCGGCAACAGCAGCUGUGGCGUCAGAGAGGCCGGGGCCUUCGGGACCCCCGUCAUCAACCUGGGGUCCAGGCAGACUGGGAGAGAGACUGGUGAAAACGUCCUCCAUGUCCGAGACGCAGAUACUCAGAAUAAGAUCUACCAUGCCCUGGAGCUGCAGUUCGGGAAGAGAUACCCCUGCUCGAAGAUCUACGGCGACGGGAAUGCGGUGCCUCGCAUCCUGAAGUUCCUGCAGACCAUCGACCUUGAUGAGCCGCUGCAGAAGACCUUCUGCUUCCCCCCCGUCAAGGAGUGGGACAUCUCCCAAGACAUCGACCACAUCCUGGAGACUCAGAGCGCCCUAGCUGUCGACCUGGGGGGGACCAACCUCCGCGUGGCCAUCGUCAGCAUGAGGGGUAAGAUAGUGAAGAAGUACACUCAGACGAACCCCAAAACCUACGAGGCGAGGAUCGAGCUGAUACUGAAGAUGUGUACGGAGGCAGUCUUUGACGCUGUUCAUCUCAACUGCCGGAUUCUGGGAGUGGGUGUGUCGACUGGGGGCAGGGUGAACCCCCAGGAGGGUGUGAUCCUCCACUCCACCAAGCUGAUCCAGGAGUGGAGCUCCAUCGACAUCCGCACCCCCAUCUCUGACGCCCUCCACCUGCCCAUCUGGGUCGACAACGACGGCAACUGUGCCGCCCUGGCAGAGAAGAAGUUUGGCCACGGCAAAGGAGUGGAGAACUUUGUCACCAUCAUCACUGGAACAGGCAUCGGCGGGGGCAUCAUCCAGCACAACGAGCUGAUCCACGGCAGUACGUUCUGCGCGGCCGAGCUGGGCCACAUCAUGGUGUCUCUGGACGGGCCGGAGUGUAUGUGUGGCAGCCGUGGCUGCAUCGAGGCCUACGCAUCAGGCAUGGCCCUGCAGAAAGAAGCCAAGAGGCUCCAUGACGAGGAACUGCUGGAGGUGGAGGGGAUGGUGGAUCUGAAGAAGGCUGAGUCCAUCAGCGCCAUCCACCUCAUCAACGCAGCCCGCCUGGGCAACCGCAAGGCUGAAGCUGUUCUCAGAACAGCCGGCAUGGCCCUCGGAGUGGGCAUCGUCAACAUCCUCCACAUGGUCAACCCCUCUCUGGUCAUCCUGUCGGGAGUGCUGGCCGCCCACUACCAGGCACCUGUCCAGCAGGUCAUAGAUCAGAGAGCCCUCACCUCCGCCCAGGGCAUCCAGGUCCUGACAUCCGACCUCGAAGAGCCCGCCCUACUGGGGGCCGCUAGCAUGGUGCUGGACUACACAACCAGGCGCAUCUAUUAAGAACAUUACGGUAAUGGACUACACAACCAGGCGCAUCUAUUACGAACAUUACAGUAAUGGACUACACAACAGGCGCAUCUAUUAAGAACAUUACAGUAAUGGACUACACAACCAGGAGCAUCUAUUAAGAACAUUACAGUAAUGGACUACACAACCAGGCGCAUCUAUUAAGAACAUUACAGUAAUGAACUACAUAAUCAGGCGCAUCUAUUAAGAACAUUACAGUAAUGGGCUACACAACAGGCGCAUCUAUUAAGAACAUUACAGUAAUGGACUACACAACCAGGCGCAUCUAUUAAAUAAGGCGCAUCUAUUAAGAACAUUACAGUAAUGGACUACACAACAGGCACAUCUAUUAAGAACAUUGGUCAGUUGUCAAGCUCUAGUUUUCAUUUAAGUGGUCCCCAAAGGAGGGCCAUAUCUUGCAAUUCCCUGGUGUAGAAAGAUUUGCUAUUAGCAAAUAGAAAUGGCUAAGAUGGAAGGUAGGAUCUACAGAUGGAUCUGCUCAAUAGGACCUACAUCUAUGCUACUGUCCCAGAUGGGACAAUCUGACACGCUCUUCUAGCUAUCGACGACUCCUAUUGGACGAACCGUUGGCCAUCAUUUAUUUCAGUUAGACAUUUUCCAAAGGUAUCGUCAGUGAUAGUCUCAUUUUCAAUGUCAACAUAAUACAAUUUCUACAGGGGAUACAGUACUUAAAUGGUAGCACUAUAAACAACAGUGCUGAAAUAGUAGUACUAUUAACUACCUUACUGAAAUAGUAGUGUGUGGAUACAUAUAUAACAGCCUAUACAGUAAUAUGAGUAAAUGGUUGGGUGUGUCCAGACAAAAGAUCUGACCAAAUUUGUAUUAAUUUAUGCUUGUACUACAUGGCCAUAUUUUGACCCUCAUAAUUCCAUGUUUUUGUUACUUCUUAAUUCUAAACGUACAAUAUGUUAUUCUUGAAGCCACGCUAUGAAAGCAGCAUGUUGCUAUGACAUAUUAACUGUACGUAUUUGUCAUACCGCGCUGUAAGCACUUUGCGCCGCUUUAUCUUAUUUUGUCUCCAUUUUGGAAUCAGCAAACCUUACAGCUGGUUUGGAAAACAAAAUGUCCCCCAGGAGAUGUUUUAUGUUCCGCAGUGUUAAAUGUUUCAUUACCAUCCAAUCAUUUAAGUUAAGCAUAUGGAACUGGAACGAGUUCUGCAACCAGGCGACUUACCCAAGGACCACAGUUACGACCUACCCUCAAGUGUAAUGCCUAUGCUAUGUAUGUCAUAGUUGUCUUGGCUGUGUGCUUCAAUUGACGGUGUGCUGCCAAAUCACUUGUAUUCAUUAUCGUUCUUUUUUGUUUUAAUGCGCACUUCUUUUGCCUUGAUUGUCAUAUUUGAAGAGAUUACUGUGUAUAAAUCAGUCAUGUGAUUAUUCCGUUUUGUGUAUUUCUGUUUUUGAUUAUGUCAUGGAUACUGAAGCUUUUUUUUAAAUUUUACUUCACUUGGGUACUUUGUGACCUCUAAUCAAUGCAAUGGGUAUUUUACACAUUAAAAACACAAGAAAAUGUCA